AUGGCCAAGGUGCGCCGGGCAGCCUCGGCACUUCCCUUUAUUGGAAUAGCUGCAUGUUGCCUCGGUGCUAUGGAUACUCUGAAGCUUAUCGCCCAGCAGCAACCAUUUCUGGAGGCAGGGCACAUAACUUGGGAUGGCGGUCUGAAAUCUAUGCCCAUCUUCGAUAGUUUUUAUAGAGUGGCUGCCUUGGAUGAAAUGUGGCGUGGCAUCACUGUCACUUUCUCAGCCGCAUACCUUCCUAUGGAUCCCGUUGGCUCGUGGCAGCUAUUCUCCUUCCUGCACGACCUAGGACCAAUGUAUAGUGUCUGGCUCUUGGAGUCGUGCCGUGUCAGCAACACCUGGACGCCGAUAUACGCAGCUACUUUUUUCACAUUUGUCGCGCAGCUUCUAGGUAUUGGAAAUAUUGCACCAAUUUACUAUUUUCUUCACAUCACCUUUGCUCCAUCCGCACUGAGCCUGAAGCGUUAUGCCAAAGAGCGAAGGCUUCAGACAGAUCAGACGAUGUACCUGCUUCCACUCUUCCUUGGUCUACACACAUUCGAGGUGUGGCGAGCCUUUACUGCCCCAGAAGCCGAGACGCGUCAAUACUGGGUCUGGGCUUGGCAAAUGUCGCCCAUGUGGAUCGGUCUGGCCAAUACCAUACUCAGCAGUGUGACCGCUGGCCUAGCAGGCCUCAAGAGCAGCGCACUCGCGUCUCCACGACUUUUGAUCGCAGUCAUGUGUGGCAUCUCAACCUCUAUUUGGUUGCACACGCUCUACUCCGCGCCCUUUCCACUAUCGGAUAUCUUCAUUCCAGACUCUCAAAUCCACAUUGACUUCAUUCGCCACACGCGUAAAGCUAUGCAAUGGGAUCAGCUGUCCUCAUUUGGCAGUUCUUUCUUAUGGCUGAUUUACUUAUUUUUCGAUCUCUAUUCUGCGGAGUUGGUUGGCAUGGAUUAUUUGCUGGGUGCUGCUCUCCUUCCGCUGGUGGCUAUAGUCAUUGGGCCUGCAAGCGCUUUUGUUAUUGGAUGGUACUGGCGAGAACAGAUUCUAUCUUCUGCCAAGACAGCAUAG